GAAGGGGAGCGGAAAGGAGCGGGGAGGGAGGGAAGUGGGUGACCGCCGCGCCUCCGUAUCCGGGCGUGACGACAAGCGACUCGCUUCCGCCUCCGGUACGCCUCUCGGCGUCGGGUCGGCCGCCGCCGCCGUGCGAAGCAGAAGGAACCAGCGAGUCAACAGGCAUCAGGGGGAGGAAGGAAGCGGCGGUCUGCUCGCUCCGCUUUGGCUCGGUCGCCACCCGCCCGUCGCGUUCGCGCCGCCACGAGCGCCUCUACUCGCCAUCGUCCGUCGUCCGUACGCAUACGACUAGGUUAUAGGGAUAGAUCCAGCCGCGCGCUGGCUCGUGUGCUCGUGCGCCGCGGUGGGGGAGGAAGCGACUGGCUCGUGCAUUUGGGUUGCUUCUUCUGGAAGCUUCGGGGCGUGCGAUCCGAUCUGGGCGCAAUCGGGGGCAAUGUCGGGCUCGUCGGCGGCGGGGGAGGACAUAGUGCAGCACCUCUCGUCCAAUUCCAACCCGUCCUCGUCCAAGCUCGCCAAGCUCGAGGCCCGCAUGGCCGGCAAGGCCGUCUCGGCGCCAUCGUCGCCGCCGCACCAUCCAGUGGUUGCCCCCACCCCCGCCAUCGCGUUCAUGGACCAGGAGGAGCUAUCCGAGUCCUCCUCUUCCGAUGACGAUAAUGGUGAUGAAUUCUUGAUACAAAAGAAUACCCUGAAGCGUCCGAGAUCUCCAGAUGGUGACCACAGCCUUGUUCUUGGAAAUUUUGAGGGAUCGGCAAAUGAGGCAGCAUAUAUCUUAGAUGUCAUGGAUGCAAGACCAUCCUUAGACAACUCAAAUAGAAAAAAGCAAGGCCGUGGAAGGGUUCGUGCUGGUACAGGCCGAGGCCGUGGUUCAAAGACUGUUGAUCAAACACGACCGACUUCGACUUUCUCAUCAGUUGUAGCAAAUGGUCAACUAGAUAAUUUAACCAACAAGGAAUCCCGAUCAAAUGUUCAACCUGGCAAUGAAGACAGGGUUGCUUUACAGGAAGAAUUAUCACUGUUACAUGGUAAAGUUGCGUUGCUGGAGGAGGAGCUUGCUAAAUCGCGUCAAGAAUCAACCAAUUACCGUCAGCAUAGUGAUAGGUUAGCAAAGGAACUGAAGGAUCUCAAAGAUCAUGAUCAACAAAUGAGGUCAAAGCAAUUGAAGGUGCUGUCUGACCUGCUGAUAGCUGUGUCUAAAGCAGAGAGGCAAGAAGCACGAAUGAGGAUAAGGCAGGAAUCUUUUAGACUUGGGAAUGUCGGUAUUAUGAGAGCUGGAACUAUUAUUUCUGAAACUUGGGAGGAUGGCCAGGCAAUAAAGGAUCUUAAUUCUCAUCUGAAAUCUCUGCUUGAAACUAAAGAGGCUAUUGAAAGGCAUCGCAAAUCACUUAAGAAAAGACAAUCUGACAAGGGUGAUGGUAGUGAUGCUGAGACUAGCAUGUCUGAGGAAGAUUUCCUCUUACAGGAUGAGAUAUGUAAAUCUCGGCUAACAAGUAUCAAACGGGAGGAAGAACAGUAUUUGAGAGAAAGAGACCGGUAUGAACUGGAAAAGGGGAGGCUUAUACGUGAAAUGAAGCGUCUCAGAGAUGAAGAUGGAUCACGCUUUAACAACUUUCAAAUUCUUCAUCAUCGUUAUGCUCUCUUAAAUCUUCUUGGAAAGGGGGGGUUUAGUGAGGUUUACAAGGCUUUUGACUUGGUGGAAUACAAGUAUGUGGCAUGUAAACUUCAUGGUCUGAACGCUCAAUGGAGUGAGGAGAAAAAACAGAGCUACAUACGGCAUGCAAUUCGUGAAUAUAACAUCCACAAAACUCUGGUGCAUCCAAACAUUGUGAGGCUGUGGGACAUAUUUGAGAUUGAUCACAAUACAUUCUGCACCGUCCUAGAAUAUUGCAGUGGCAAGGAUCUUGAUGCAGUCCUUAAAGCAACACCGGUUCUUCCAGAAAAAGAAGCAAGAAUCAUAAUUGUUCAAAUAUUUCAGGGCCUUGUUUAUCUUAACAAGAGGGCUCAAAAGAUCAUUCACUACGAUCUAAAGCCUGGCAAUGUUCUCUUCGAUGAGGUUGGUGUUGCAAAAGUUACAGACUUUGGCCUCAGCAAAAUAGUGGAGGAUGAUGUUGGGUCUCAGGGAAUGGAACUCACUUCUCAGGGAGCUGGAACCUAUUGGUAUCUUCCCCCAGAAUGCUUUGACCUCAGCAAAACACCAUUUAUUUCAUCCAAGGUGGAUGUUUGGUCAGCUGGUGUAAUGUUUUAUCAGAUGCUCUUUGGUAGGCGUCCUUUUGGCCAUGACCAAACUCAAGAAAGAAUACUUCGGGAAGAUACAAUUAUCAACGCACGGAGGGUGGAUUUCCCUUCAAAGCCAUCUGCAUCAAAUGAGGCAAAGGAUCUGAUACGCCGGUGCUUGACAUACAACCAAUCAGAGAGGCCAGACGUCCUAACAAUAGCUCAAGAUCCUUAUCUCUCAUACGCUAAGAGGUAGCCACACGCAGGACAAGAUUUUGGUGGGGGGUAGCUGCUCACUGAAAGGGAUUUUGUAUGGGGAUGGACACUUGCUAAGGGGCAAACCGGCAAAGGAUUCCACAAGCUCAAGAAUAUCACAAAGGGUGUAGCUGUAUAUGCUGUAAAUUUGAGUUGGCCCAGAACAGCAAUGACCUAGAAGAGUCCCUGAGCGCAUCAGUUCAAAGGUCAGCUUCUUUGUAUUGUGGAGGAAGCAGGCACUGAUUUAAACGGGCCAUUUACUCUUUGAAAUUUAUUGAUGCGUUGUGUUCCCCAUGCGUAAUGUGAUAUUUUUUGCCUGGUGUCAAGUGGUCCAGUUGAUGGUUGGUUCGGAGAUUUUGUUUGUUCCUACUAUCGGUAGGGUCUUCCAAAUCAGCAAGCAUGCAUGACAAAUCAACGCUCUCCAUAUUCACCUUCAAAGAAUCUGUAUCUGCUGCAGUGUGGUACUGAUGCCUUAUCGAAUGGAUGGAAUUUUAAGUACCAGCAGAACAGAUAUCAAAUAUCAGUACGGCUUAACUGGGGAUGCCUUACGGCCAUAACUCAGUCUGAAAGAAUUUGCGAGACAACGACGGAAAAAAUUCUGUUUCUGCUCCGCGAAUAUAUAGUUUCAGAAGGAAAGGGAACACGAAAGGUACCAAUGAAAUGGAAAUUGCUGUCAGUUUUCUGCGAGUGUUUAACUUGUUCUCAGUGUUUGUUCUUCACGCUCGUGAACAUCUUGAUCUCUCUACAUAUUUGGUCUCCUGCACUUCUUUUGUUGCUAUCCAUGUGUCAGUUUUCAUGUUAUGAAAUCGCUUCGAGAUGUGCCAAGUCAGUAUUGAUUUUUUGGCACUGGAUUAGCCUUUUAA